AUGCCUGUAAAACAACAACCUCAGACCAUGGCAACGAAGCUGAGCUUGAAGCUUCUGGUGGACAAGAAAUCCAACAAAGUCCUGUUCGCGGAAGCAGGAAAAGAAUUCAUUGAUUUUCUCUUCAAUCUCCUUACAUUACCCCUCGGCUCUGUAACAAAGCUGCUGACAAGAGGACGCAUGGUUGGAUGCAUAGGAAGACUGUAUGGAAGUGUAGAAAAUCUAAGUGGCGCUUACAUACAACCCAACCAAAACAAAAAAGACCUUCUCAAUCCUAAGACCUCAUCACCCCAAAAAGGCAAAAAUCCUCCUCUUUUCUUACAAAAUGUCACUUCAACAGCAAGAAAGAAGCUCUACGUGUGCACCAGUUGCAGCCACCAAAAACGGUAUUAUACGGAUGUUAAUGGCACGCUGUGCCGCAACUGCAAGCAUAGGAUGUCUACUGAGAUAACCUAUGUUGGUUCUGUAAAUGUAGCAGUUGGAUCGGAUGGUGAUGAAGGUGGAUAUGUGAAAGCUGGGGUGAUUUAUAUGGUGAUGGAUGAUUUGGUGGUGACGCCCAUGUCCACCAUUUCUUCAAUUACUCUACUCAACAAUUUCAAAAAUAAGGAAGUGGGUGAGAAGGUGGUGAAAGUGGGCAUGGAUGAGGGUUUGGCAUUACUUAAGGCUUCCUUGAAGUCGAAGACUGUGCUCACGGAUGUAUUCCUUGGAAAAGCUGGUGUAGUUUAG